GGGAAAACAAAGCAAAACAGGUUUGUUGCAGCACACACGCAGGGACACGCAGGUACAUGAGUCAAGCAACACACCACACACACACACCAAGCACUGGAGCGGAACAAGAGGCAAUAUGAUGCGUGGUGGUGUUGGUGGCGCUGUUGGUGGCGGUGAUGGCAAGAAGGAAGGAGAUGGAGAGGGAGUCGUGACGGCUGCGAUGGUGGCAGAAGAGGAACGCUUGCAAGCAGCUGCCAAGGAAGAACAGCAACAGCUCCAACAACAGGCCAAGGAGGAGUACGAGUCGCUCGUGGAGCACCAGCGCUACAUGCGUCUCAGCCAUCUGCUUGAACGCUCAAGCCUCUACACCCAGUUCCUGUACCAGCGUAUGCAGUCACAAAAGGAGGCAGAGCAGAAGCGCCAGGGGAAGAAGAAAGGCAAGAAGCAGGUACAGGCAACCGACCAAAGCAAAGGCUCAUCUCCCAAGGCCACAACAAGAACCAAGGCAACAUCCGCACAGUCACGUGCACACCACAAGACGAAGCGUGACGGCUCGUAUCGCCUCGCCGACUAUGUAGACGAGAAGGAUGUCCAGUCCAAGGCAGCGGAACACGCGUCCCAGACAGAGGACGAGCCGGUCCAACCCACCAAUCAAACCAAGAAUGUGCACAACUUCGAGCAACCCACGCUCGUCACAGGAGGGCAACUCCGCGACUAUCAGCUUGCGGGCGUGGAUUGGCUGCGGGCACUGUACGAGAAUGGGCUGAACGGCAUCCUUGCAGAUGAGAUGGGUCUUGGCAAGACGGUGCAGUCCAUCGCCCUCUUUGCCCACCUCUACGGCCACAAGGUGUCUGGUCCGUACUUGGUGGUGGCUCCGCUCUCCACCCUCCCAAACUGGAUCAAGGAGUUCCACCGCUGGACCCCUGACAUCCCCGUCAUCCUCUACCACGGCACGCCGGAGGAGCGAGCGGCGAAACGCCCGGGCAUCAUGAGCAAGAAGAACACGCUCAAGGGGUUCUCCACCGUCGUCACGUCGUACGAGAUGGUCAUGCGCGACCGCAAGUACCUUCAGCAAAUUCCGUGGAAGUACAUUGUGGUGGACGAAGGGCACCGCCUGAAGAACCUCAAUUGCCGACUCAUUCGCGAGCUGAAGACAUACCAGAGCGCCAAUCGCCUGCUGCUGACAGGCACGCCGCUGCAGAACAACCUCUCUGAGCUGUGGUCGCUCCUCAACUUUCUCCUGCCAGACAUCUUCGACGACCUGGACGCCUUCCAGCGCUGGUUCGACUUCAGCGACGUGUACAGCAAGGACGCUGACGCCCGCAUCCUCGCCAAGGAGCAAGAGAACCACAUCAUCUCCAAGCUGCACCAAAUCCUGCAGCCCUUCCUCCUGCGCCGGCUGAAGACGGACGUGGAGUUGUCGAUCCCACCCAAGAAGGAGAUGAUCCUCUACGCACCGCUCACCAAGCUCCAAAGCGAGUACUACAAGGCCCUACUCGACAAGUGUGAUCUGAAGGCGCUGCUGGAAGGGCGCGAAUCGCCGGCAGCAACCGCCCGCUCCUCCACCAGCUCCAGCCCAGCGCCGAGCGAGUUUGGGGGCUCAUCGCCGGAGAAGCCGCGCCGCAAGGCCGCCAAGCGCACCACCAGCUACAAGGAGCUCUCCGACACCAAGUACUUCAAGCAGCUUGAGGAAGAGGUUGAGCGUGAACGCCAGCAGCGUGCAAGCAAGCCCCCGAGCAAGUCGGCGCCUGCGCAGGCCGUGGCGGAGAUCAACGUCUCCAUGCAGAACAUCCUCAUGCAGCUGCGAAAGUGCUGCAACCACCCGUACUUGCUCAAGUACCCACUCACGCCACAGGUCUGCACGGCAUGUGUGUUGUGUGUGUGUGUGUGUGUGUGUGUCCGGCAAGCUCACCCAUUGAUGCACACUUCACUGCUCUUCGCGUGCCCUGCUCAGGACUACUGCUGGCUGCGGUCCUUCUCUGCCUGCCGCCUGGACGGUUCCGUCUCCUUUGAAGACCGCAAGGAAGAGAUUCGCCGCUUUCACGAAGACGACGAGUGCUUUGUGUUUCUGCUGUCCACACGUGCGGGCGGCCUGGGCCUCAACCUCGUUGGCGCAGACACCUGUAUCAUCUACGACAGUGACUGGAAUCCCCAAGUGGAUCUCCAGGCGCAGGACAGGUGCCACCGCAUCGGCCAGUCCAAGACGGUGCUUGUGUUCCGCCUCAUCACGGCCAACACGGUCGACCAGCGCAUUCUCGAGCGCGCAGCCGGCAAGCGCAAACUCGAACGCCUCGUCAUUCACAAGUCGCGUUUCAAGGGCCGUGGUAAAGAGGAGCAGCCGUUGUCAAAGAAAGAUUUGCUGGAGCUCCUCACACCAGAGGGCAGUACCGUCCAGUUUCAGUCGGAUCAGAUUCUGACAGACGAAGAGCUGGAGACAGUGCUGGACCGGGAUGUGGAUGCGGCGCCAGCACCGGCAACAUCGGCCGCGUUCAAGGUCAUCAACACGUCCUCCCCAGCAACCAUGGCUGUAUCUCACGACAGCGAUGAUGACGACGACGCGUGACAACGCCAUGACAUGAUGUGACGACAGCCCGUAGUUGCAGUUGCGUUGCACCACAUCAUCACGGCAUCGGCAGCAGCAACACGAUGGCAUGUGCACUGUUUUGCCUUUCACCCUUGCUGCAAUUGCCAAGAAUCCGCUCAGUUGGUGUCAGAUAGUCCCCCCCCCCCAACACAUGUUCGUUCCUGCUCCUGUGUUGCUUGGUCCACUAUUUUGAGACCCCUUGCUUGCGUGUACGCUCUUGAUUUGCACCUUUUUGCUGUAGUUUUGUACAACAAGGAUAGCACGUUGUGCACCCACACACGCACACGCACACACACACACACACGCACACACACACACGCACACACAC